AUGUGGGAGUUGCUCGAGAUACAAAAGACCAACGACAACAACAAGUGCGUCGACUGCAAUGCGCCGAGUCCGCAAUGGGCCUCGCCCAAGCUCGGUAUUUUCAUGUGCCUCUCCUGCUCGGGCGUGCACCGCGGUCUGGGUGUGCACAUCUCCUUCAUCCGCAGUAUCACCAUGGACGCCUUCAAGGGCUCGGAACUCGUGCGCAUGGCUGCCGGCGGCAACAAGCCCUUCCAAGACUUCUUCAACACACAUCCUUCGAAUACGAAAGACGGACGCACAUUCGAGGCCUCGUCUAUAUCAGAGCGAUACGAUUCGGAAGCGGGCGACGAGUGGAAGGAGAGACUCAGCUGUAAGGUCGAGGACAGGGAGUUCGACAAGGCAAACCUACCCAAGCGGUUACCCAAAAAGGACAAUGCAUCUACAGCGGGCAUGGGCGCGCCCUUGAGCGGACGCGCCAGCGCAGCCGGAAGCCGAAGCCAAACACCCCUCGGAAAGACACGAAGCAACGACGCAGGCUUCCAGCGCUCGGGCUCCCCCGCCCUCGGCACCAACGCCAUGUCUAGUCAGAAAGUGAAGAACGAAGCCUACUUCGCUAAGAUGGGCCAGGAGAACGCCAACAGACCAGACGGCGUUGCGCCGAACCAAGGCGGAAAAUACGGCGGCUUCGGCAGCGAGCCAGAUGCCUGGAAGAAGGACGAUGAGCCGGGUGCGCCUCCUGCGCUGGACGACUUCCAGAAAGACCCUGUUGCGGCGCUUACCAAGGGCUUUGGCUGGCUAGGCGCAAGCGUGAGCAAAGUAGGCAAAACGGGGUAUGAAGGCUGGGUGAAACCUGGUAUGGCAAAGCUCGCAGAAGCAGACCUCGCAACCCAAGCCCGCACCACAGCCGGCACCCUCGGCCAGACCCUCCAAUCCGGCGUCGCAAACGCAAACACACAGUUCACGCGCUUCGUCGAAGGAGGCGACUCUGCACACCCUUCUUCUUCUUCCUCUUCUCGGGCCCCGUUGUCGGGUCAGCGCGAACCUGAACGUAAAGACUUUUGGGAGAGCUUUGGUGCGGCGCCAGCGGGGCCGGCGAAGGAUAAACAGGACUUUUGGGAUGAGUUUGGGAGUGCGGGGGAAGCUAGGGCGGGUGGUGGUGGUGGAAUGGCAGGGAAGAAGCCGAGUGGCAUUGGGACGAGUGCUAUGAAGAAGGGGGGUGCUGGUGGGGGGAUGGGUGGAGGUGGAGGUGGAGGGGCGAAGAAGGAUGAUGAGUGGGGGGAGUGGUGA